AGUCCCACCCUUUGAUAUUGCUCAGGGUGGAGUACUGGGGAAGUACGGUAUACAGUGUUAAAAUCCUCGAAUGAUUUGGCGUGUAGCUAUUAUCUCAACACUGUACAUCUGUAGCGCAGUUCUGUCGAGAAGAGUGUUGCUUCUUGGCUGUCUGUAUCUCUAUUCGUUUUCAGUUUGUUCGUUCCACCGGCGUACGGAUCAUUCAUUUCCGAAAGCAAAACGAGAUACACAGUCAGCGGCCAUGGCUCUCAGCAACUCAAACACAGCGUUCGCGUUGGAGCUGUUCCGCACCCUGAGCGCGACCAGUCCCGCUGGGAACGUGUUUGUGUCUCCGCUAAGCAUCAGCUCCGCUUUGGCUAUGGUCUACCUGGGAGCGAAGGGCAACACUGCAGCACAGAUGGAAAAGGUUCUGGCCUUCGGCUCAACCAAAGACGUCCACACAGAGUUCCAGACGCUCAACGCAGAGAUCAACUCUCCGUCUGCCUCCUACGUCCUGAAGCUGGCUAACCGCGUCUACGGAGAACAGAAGAGCCACUUCCUCCCGGAAUUUGUGGAGGCCACUCAGAAGUUCUACCACGCUGACAUGAAGGCGGUGGACUUCAUGGGGUCCGCAGAAGAGUCCAGGGCCCAGAUCAACAGCUGGGUGGAGCAACAGACUGAAGAUAAAAUCAAAGACCUGCUCAAGCCAGGAAUGGUUACUUCCAUGACAAGGCUGGCUCUGGUGAACGCCAUCUACUUCAAAGGGAACUGGCUCAACCGAUUUGCCGAAAGCGAGACCAAAGAGAUGGACUUUAAACUGAACCAGAAUGAGAGCACACCGGUUCAGAUGAUGUACCUGAUGAAGAAGCUCCCCUUCAACUACAUCUCAGACUACAACCUCCAGAUUCUGGAGCUCCCUUACGUGGACGAGGAGCUGAGCAUGUUUGUCCUGCUGCCGGAACAAUCCACAGACGGCUCUGACCCACUACUCAAACUGGAGAAGGAGCUCUCAGUGGAGAAGCUGUCCGAGUGGACUGACAGAAACAACAUGGACACCGGCUCGGAGGUCAUAGUUCACCUGCCCAAGUUCAAACUGGAAGAGGAUGUCGUCCUGAACGACGUCCUGGCGAAGCUGGGCAUGACGGACGUGUUCAGUAACAAGGCAGACCUGUCGGGGAUGAACGGCCAGGGCGGGCUCUUCCUGUCCACCGUGGCCCACAAGGCCUUCGUGGAGGUGAACGAGGAAGGCACAGAGGCAGCAGCUGCCACAGCGGGCAUGAUAUCCUUCUGCAUGCUGAGGGAGGAGCACUUCACAGCCGACCACCCCUUCCUCUUCUUCAUCAGGCACAACAAGAGCAAGUCGGUCCUCUUUCUCGGCAGGUUCUCUUCUCCACAGUAGAACGUUCCGGCGCGGAGAACAAACAAAUUCACUUUGUCGAAUAAAAGAGUGCGUCUGUUGCUCUCAACGGA